UGUUCAGAGGAAAGAAACUGUGAAAGAGAAGAUAAGGAAAAGAGGAUUGUUUUUCCAGUAAACGCUCUUCAUAACUUUGUGCCAGCCCUAGACAGUACAUCCAAGCCUUGAUUUAUAUGUCUUAAAAACACUGAGCAGCUCCCAAAGCAGGCUGUGUCCCUGGAGAGGACUAGAUGGGUUAAGAUGAAAAUUCCUCGGCAAUAUUCAGCCUUUUUAGGGAAAGAAAAGCAGAAUAGCAAGACAGAAUGAGAGGAGACGUACAGUAGCAGACAGACUGACUGACUCCUUUGGCUGCUGAAUUGAGUGGAAGUGCAUUUUCCCUGGUAAUUGCUGGAUAUCUGAGUAUUUAAUCUAACAUGAAGGUGCUGGGGAUUUUCCUGUUGCUGGAAGUUUCAGGCUUCUUUCCCGUUUUUUCCAGCCCUUCUCCAGUCCAUUGCCGCUGGAAUUCUUUUGGUGCGUGGUCCGAGUGCGAUGGCUGUACUCAAAAACAGAUUCGGAGACGGACAGUGGCAGUUUACGGCCAAUACGGGGGAAACCCCUGCUCUGGGGACGCCUUUGAAACAAGACCAUGCACCCCCACGAGGGGAUGCCCAACAGAGGAUGGCUGUGGUGAUCGGUUCAGGUGUUUCUCAGGUCAGUGCAUCAGCAGAUCUCUUGUGUGCAAUGGAGAUCAGGAUUGUGAGGAAGAUGGUGCAGAUGAAGAUAGAUGUGAAGAGAAGAUGACUGUAUGUGAUAUCGAUAAAACGCCUCCGAAUUCAGAACUUACAGGAGCAGGCUUUGAUGCCAUUACUGGUGAGACUCGGGGAAGAGUCAUUCAUACAAAAAGCUUUGGAGGACAAUGCAGAAAGGUCUUUAGUGGCGAUGGGAGACAAUACUACAGGCUGAGUGAAAGUGUUCUUGCUUACACUUUCCAGGUUAAAAUUCAGAAUGAUUUCAGUUAUGAGUUUUUCAACAGCAGCUGGUCUUAUAUGAAACAAACAGAGCACAGGGAGAAAUCAAACAGUGGACACAGAAAUAUACAUAAUAAUUUUCUACAACAGAGUCAAAAGAGUAAGCAGCUGAUGGUUAUUGAGAACAGUGUGGAAGUUGCUCAGUUUAUUAACAACCGCCCAGACUUUCUCACUCUUGCGGAGCCCUUCUGGAAGGAACUGGCCAACCUUCCGGUCAUCUAUGACUACAACGUCUACCGAAGAUUUAUUGAACAUUUUGGGACUCAUUUCAUACACUCUGGAUCUCUAGGAGGACAUUACAAACUUCUUUUUUAUAUGGAUACUGACAAAAUGAAAGAAGAAGGUAUGAGCAUAAAAGACAUGUACGAGUGCACCGAAUCAGGCUGGAACUUCUUCUUUGUGAAAAAGAAGGAAGUAAAGUGCUCCAAACUGGAUGAACUGCUACGGAGUUCUUCAGGAAGCAGUGGUAAUAAGAUUAAAGGAAACCCCUACGUAGAAGGAGGAAACCCACGUACUGUUGCUGGCCUUAGUUAUCUAGAGCUGAAUAAUCCUGCUGGUAACAGUCAGAGAUACUCCUCUUGGGCCGGAUCAGUGACAGACUAUCCCAGCAUAAUUAAACAAAAGCUAACACCAUUAUACGAGCUGGUAAAGGAAGUACCCUGCUCCUCAGUCAAAAAGCAUUACCUGAAACAAGCCAUUGAAGAAUACAUGGCUGAAAAUGAUCCCUGCAAAUGUCAGCCUUGCCAGAACGGUGGUGAGCCGGCUGUGGAAGGAACUCGGUGUGUGUGUUACUGCAAGCCUUACACCUUUGGAGCAGCCUGUGAGCUGGGAACUCUUGUGCAAGAUCAGCCAGGUGUUGUUGAUGGACGCUGGAGCUGUUGGUCUUCCUGGAGUCCUUGUUCAGGGGGAAGGAAAUCGCGGAGCAGAGCCUGCAACAACCCCUCCCCGCGAGGCGGUGGGAAAGCCUGCAUAGGAGAGCAGCGUGAAAGCAGACCAUGUGAAGAUGAAGAGUUGCAACAUUUUCACUUGAUUGAGCCACACUGUUUUGAUUUAUCCAUAACUCCUACAGAAUUCUGUUCACCUCCUCCUCUCUUGGAAAAUGGAUUUGUUCAAAAUGCUGAAAACUCUUAUCCUGUUGGGAAAAACAUUGUUUAUGCUUGCAAACAUGGAUAUUCUCUUGUUGGCGAUCCCGUUGCUAAGUGUGGCAGUAAUUUACAGUGGCAAGUUGGAGACAAGCAUUGCCAGGAAACGGCUUGUCUUUUGCCCGACCUGGAGGGAGGUUUGCAAGGAGAGCCAUGGAAAGCUGCAUAUGAGAUUGGUGAGAGAAUAACUCUGUCUUGCCCACAUGGCAUGCAGUUAGAAGGGGCACGCUCCAUUUUAUGUGAGCCCAGUCUCAAGUGGUCUCCCGACAUGAAGAGUAUCCGGUGCAAGGAACCAGUGCCCAGUGUGAAACCAGAAGUGACAGAGCCUAAAUGUCAGCCAUGGGAGAAAGUGCAUCAGUCACAAUGUGUGUGCAAAAUGCCCUAUGAGUGUGGUCCUUCCCUGGACACAUGUGCUACAGAUGAAAGAACCAAGAGAAACACAGCUUUAACAGUUUGCAAGAUGCAUGCCUUGGAGUGCAUGGGCAGAAAAUAUUCUCUUACUAAUGCAGAAAACUGCAAAAUACGUCAGGCAGCUGAAAUAUCAUGUGGAUCUUGUCGUUCAUGGGAAAAAUGUGAUGCGGAAUCCGGCAGCUGUAUUUGUGAGGAGGAUGGACCAUGCGAGGAGGGAGGGAUCCAGAUCUGUGCUGAAGUGAGCGGCUCUGCUGCCCGCCAGACCAUGACGGAGUGCGAGGCCGGGCGGCUGAAAUGCCGGGGGGAGACUCUCACCCUGGUCAGCAUAAGGCCCUGCGACACACAAAGUGAAUAAGAUACGUUACGGUUCAUUUUGCUUGCUGCCAUGGGGUAAGUCAACAUGUGCCAACUCUUGGGCAUGGACAUCCUUCCAACCUUGCUCUCCCGAAAGAAAGCUCUGCCGUGAAGUCCACCGGGGCUGGUGAGCCUGUGUGCAUGGGGUCCACAUCGGAGACCUGUGUUGGGCAGAGCUCACUCACUGCUGCACACCAUGACAGGGCUCAUGUUUAGGCCCGAACUUAGCGCUGGCUAGCUUACUUCACAUUUUCAUCAGAAUUAAAAAAUACCACUGAAGUGCAAUUGCCAAAGUAGCAUUUAUAGUUAGUGAUGGAUUACGGUGUCUGACAUUGCUAAUACAUUUUUCUUAAAGCCACACAAGCAUAUACAUAGCAUAUGCACAUACAAGCAUAUGCACUGAGCAGAUUUAGAUUUAAAAAAGAACUAAAUUAAGCUUUACAAAGAGGUAUGAUUCUUCUCUUUUAAUACAGUAACUUCUUCCUACUGUGCCUUAUUCAGUUGAGCAAACAUUGUGCAUGGCAUUGAACCUGUCCUUGAGUCUGAAGCUCUUAAAGGUCAAAACAGUGUGCAUUAAUAGUAAAGCCAGCUUAAAGUAAUGAGGUGACUUGUAUGCUUCUAGCUUCUCUUACACAGAACCUGUCCAUGAAAAAACGCCAUUUUAUGUUGUCAUGAGCUGCAUCUGUAAGCGCAGGUGACUCAGUUGCAUUUGUCACAUGCAUUUAUGUUUGUGCCAAGACCAGUUUGCCGACAGACUGUUGCCCACAGAGCAAAGGCAGCUACAGGGAAAGUGCAUCCUCACAGGAACAGAGACACCGCGCAUGUGGUCCCCCAAGACUGCUCCUGAAUAAAAGAAGUCUCUUACACUCUUUCCUUGCACAGCCACCUUGCUGCCCGGUGUAGUCAGACAGCAACAUCUUUGCUCAUGUGGUGUAUCUUGCAAGUUGUCCUGGCAGCCCAAUCCCUUCUGACUGUUCUCAGAUGCCAACAGGACAAAGGGCUGGGUAGCAAGUGGGUGAUCAGGCAAGUGCAGCAUUAUCAGCCAGAAGCCUGUAUGCUUUCUAAGCAACGGAUUUUAUUUCUUACGACCAAUAAAUACCUGUCACAUAAAACAU